ACAAAGUUAUUAACCUGGUUGCCAUGGCACUGUGAAAUAACUAAGGACUCCUUCAAGAACUCAUCUAAUGCAAGCUGCAGACUGCUGUGAGCGCGAGCCUCUGAGGAUACAAUUUUGCUUAAUAACGUCUGGCUUUCAGCCACGGACCACACCGUGAACAAAAUGCGUUGAGUUUCAUUACUUCAAGAUUUGACAAUUGCCAGAAAGAUAAACUCUUCUGGUGUUAUUCAACCCUUUAAGAUUCAUGUCGACCUGCAACAAUGCCCAUACACAGCACAGGUAUUUUUACAAAUCCAUAUGCAAUUGAAGUUCUCCAGAGCAAGAAAAAGGAAUUAGUAGCGGGGAUUAUCAACACUGACGACCUUCUAGAUUGGUUGAUUAAGAAUCGUGUCUUUUCACAGGAUAAAAGAAUUGCUGUGUUGAAUUACAGGACACGGGAGGAAAUGAACACCAGAGUACUGGACAUGUUGGUUUCUUGUGGUGAGAGAGCCUGCAGACUUUUCUUCUAUCCUUGCCUCAAGCAGGUUGAACCAGCUCUCUACAACUACAUCAGAAGCUAUGUCAGUAAUGUUUCAACCAGCUUUGGGGAUGCCAAGAGACAACUUGUUGGAUAUCUUCUGGAGAGAGAUAAGGAUGAAAUCCCUAAGAGUACGGCAAAAAAAGUUGAUCAGCCUGUGCAAAGUGUCACAUUUAAAAAGGAGUCAAAUCAAAAACUCCAGCCAGCUGCUCGAACUCAACAAGUACACAAUGAGCUGGCUCAGCUAUAUCAGAUUGUAACAUCGGGAGAUCUGCCUGGUCUUGAUAAAGCCAUUGGACAUAGUGAUAUUAAUGGUAUAAAUACUUCUAAUGAAACUCUGUUGCACAUUGCAUCUUCCCAUGGACAUGUUAGGAUCAUUGAAUAUUUAUUGAAUAAAGGAGCAAAGCUAGAGGUAAGGGAUAACAAAGGACAAUCUCCUCUUCACCGGGCUGCGGAGAAAGGGCACACAGCAGCAGUUCAAGCACUUCUCCAAGCCGGAGCACACAUCUAUGCAUUGGAUACAGAAUCCAGAACUCCACUGCACUUAGCUUCUCAGAACAAUUGCUUCCCCAUAGUGAAGCUGUUGUUGAAAGAAGAAGCUAAAAUCGAUAAGAGGAAUAAAUCUUUUUUGCAUCUAGCUGCUAUCAAAGAUGAAAGUAAAAUAGCAGAAAUUCUUCUCAAAUAUGGAGCUGCUGUAGACACAAAGGAUAUGAAGAACAGGACCCCACUAAUUCAUGCAAUCUCCAUGGGACAUCUCAGAACUGUGAAGGUACUGCUGGAGGCAGGAGCUAAGGUUGGUCUUGAUAUGUUUGACGCAGCAUUAAAUGGGAAUAAUCAAUCUCUGAUUACACUGAUCUUGCAGCAUGCCAGUGGGAUUAGCCCUACUAUCCUCGUCAAUGCACUCUUUAAAGCAGUUCAGAAAAAUCACCACAGAACUCUGGAUAUAUUAAUUGAGCAGGGCAUCGAUACCAACACCAGAAAUGGAAUGCAAUACACCCCUUUGCUGUUGGCAGCAGAACUUGGGCAUGCAGAAUCUGUCAAGGUCCUGAUAACUAAAGGAGCCCAUUUAGACGAAAGGACACCAAAUAUGAACAGCGCACUACACCUUGCAGCUCAGACUGGAUCUCUGUCUGUUGCAAAGCUGCUAAUUGACAAGGGAAUGGAUGUAAAUAUUAUUGGAUGUGAUGGUCAAACACCUCUGCACAUUGCAUCAUUUCAUAAUCAGCCAUCAAUUAUAGAAGCUUUGAUAAGAGCAGGUUCAAAGGUCAAUGCCAUCACUAAAGAAGCAAUUACACCCUUGCACAUUGCAUCGCAAAGAGGUAACCGAGAAACAGUAGAAUGUCUCCUUCAGAAUAAAGCAGAUGUGAAUGCUAAAGACAGAUUGAUGAGAACGCCCUUGCACAUGGCUGCUGUGAUUGGAGAUGCCUUCGUUGCAGAGCUACUACUGUCAAGCCAAGCUGAUCCUAAUGCAGUAAAUAAAGAGAAAAAGACCCCACUCCAUUUGGCUGCCAAUGAAGGUCAUUUGGACUUUGUAUCAACCAUGUUAAGCAGAAGAGCCAAAUGUGCUGCAAAGGAUAUGGAUGGGAAUACUCCAAUGCACUAUGCAGCCAGCAAAAGUCAUAGCAUUGUUGUCAAAGCACUGUUAUUGGCUGGGAAAAGUAAAAACAUUGAUGAUAAGAAUAUUUGGCGCAAAACACCUUUACAUCUUGCAUCGGAGCACAGUGAUGAGGGCCUGGUAGAAUUGUUGUUGAUCAAUGGAGCUUCAAUUAAUGCCUUAGACAAUGUGAAAGAUACACCAUUGCAUUGUGCCUGCAAAUCAGGCAACAUCAAUACUGCCCGGAAAUUAAUCAACUGGUCUGAUGGUGAAAAACCAAAGUUUCACUCUACAAAUAGUUUAAAAAAGACCCCUCUUCAAGUUUCAGAAAGUGGAGACACAGAUAACCACCAACAAAUAGCAAUAUUACUGAGAAAGAAAAUGAUGUUAACUAGAUAAGAACAACUUCAAUUUCACUGAUGGCUUAAUUGAUCAAGGCAGUGCUUGAUCUGGCCUGCGAUGUACACACCCAUUUGGUUCGAAUUCCCUCUCUGUUUAAUGCUGAGAUAACCAACCUCAGCUGGAUUGCGUUGAGAAGUUACACUACCCUGAGCCUGAUGGGAGAAAGGGGGGAGAAUAUACAGGAGAAAUAUUCAAUUACUC